UCCCAUGCCCCAAACAUGAUGCAGACUGGAUAUACAGGUUUUUCAGUUUCGGUGAUUAGCCUGUGGCUUUUGAUUUCAUUUGCACUUGCAAAAGCAGAGCAGAACAUGGAGGGGAACACAACCACUUCUCAGAAAUCCGUCCGUCAUUCCCAGUUUCUGUGUUCCGGUGAACAGGAGUAUGUUCAUAAGAGAAAACAAGUCAUUCUGGAGUCACUCAGCAGCCUAGGAAUCAACUGUAGUGAAGAUUCGGUUCCCCACAUCACUCUGUUGGCAUCAGGCGGGGGUCAGAGGGCAGCGGUGGGUCUGGUGGGGUCCCUCUAUCAGAUGGCAAAGGAAGAUAUGUUGGACACUGUGCUUUACCUGGGAGGAGUUUCUGGAUCAACGUGGUCCAUGGCCACCAUCUACAGUGACCCACAGUGGAGCACCAACAUGGACGCAGCAGUGUCCCAGCUGUCGGGCCCCGGGGUGGAGCUGAAAGAGGCUUUGGCCUGGUUGGGUGAGAGGGCCAAGGAGGAGCACUUCUCCCUCACUGAUAUCUGGGGAGUCUUGACCUCUGCUGGGAUCAUGAAACAGAUGGACUUACGGUGUCUUUCAGAUGAGGCCAGCAGAAAUGCCACCAACCCUUACCCCAUCUACAGUGCCACAGAGAUGAACUGCUUCUCAAAUGGGCCCAUAGAAGGGAAAUGGUUUGAGGUGAGCCCUCAUGAGGCAGGUUUCACAGAGUUGGGUCUCUUCAUCGAAACGUCUCUCCUGGGCAGCAAAUUCCAGAGAGGAGAGCUGCUGGAACAGAAGCCAGAAAUGGACAUGGUCAAACUUCAAGGUAUUCUCGGUUGUGCGUUGGCUGAUGAGGAUGCGAUCAAAGACUACCUCCCCCCCUGGCUGAAUGUGCCUGGACAGGUAGAUGGCUCUGCUGAAGAGUACAUGCGUGUAUACAAUGCCCUUGUAACACUAGUAGCCAUGACUAGAAGCACCAUAAAGGAUCCUACUGCUCUGUCUGACCUGGAUAAGCUGCAGACAAUACUAGAAGAAACGUUCAAUGAUAGUAAGUCAGCAUGGCUGGAGUCAAAGAGUUCAGAGGAAAGAAAAAAUCUUGCUCAGCAGUUGAGUCUGAAGCUGCUGAAUGAGGUAGAGACCUGGAGCCAGAGUCUAGAAGAAGGAGCCUUCAAGACACAUGUGUCUCUGCUUACUUCACAAGUUAUUCCCAAGAUUAUGAAAUGGGAGUGGGGAACUACAGCCAACUUCCUCUACCAAUACCAAGAUUCCACAGUUCCACCGUGCCUCAGCACUAAAGAAAGGAUCCAACUGGUGGACGCCGGGCUGCUGAUCAAUGUAGGCUACCCUCCAUUUCUGGGAGACAAGAGAGACAUCGACCUCAUCAUUGCACCCGAGUACAGUGCUGGAAAUAUAUUCGAGACACUGAUCUUUGCCAGAGACUAUGCAGCCGAGGUGAAUAAAUCUUUCCCAGAGAUAGAUGACAAAGUCCUGGAGGAGAGAGAAUGGCCAAAAGACUGCUACGUGUUCGAGGGAAAGGAGACUGAGCUCUCCAUUGUGUAUAUGCCACUAUUCAACAGAAACAACUGCAAAGAUGCAGAGGAGGUCAAGGCAAGGAUGGAGGAGUUCUCCACUUUCCAGCGUCCCUUCAGCCAGGACAAGAUUGAGUUUGUGUUGGAGACAGCGAAAACCAACAUGGAGAACAACAAGGACAUUUUGCUAAGGGAGAUUAACAAGGCUGUUCUCCGUCGACAGAACAAGAGGAAGUCUCUGCUACAGCCGACAUCAUGUACUUUACUUUAGACUUAAAUGUGUAUUGGUCUAGUUGCCAGCAUAGUGAACAUGGAAAUGUUGAGUACCCCAAAGUUUUAUGAUAGAAAUGUAUGGUACGGGUACGGCAUAGAAACUGCCAGAUGCUGACUUGCAUAUGUUGGGUAUUUUGCAAAAUUAGGAUAAGCUGCUUUAGCAAGCAUUUAUGGCAUUAUAGCCUAAUAGUUAAACAAUUGCUUGGCUGAUUUCGACCAUUUUGGAGUGGUUUUGGGGGUCAUUGAGUCCAUUUCUGACAUUUUCAGAAUCAGAAAUGGCAGUUUUAACCAGAAAGUGGCCAUAUUUGUACUAUACAUUUACUGAAGUAUUGUAUUUAAGUACUUUUUGACAUCAUUUUUAACCUUACUAGAGUUAUUCUAUUUAAUGGCACUUUAUACAUUUGUAUUCUUCUACGAUUAAUUAAAGCAAAUAUUAUACUUUGUACUACAUUUAUUGUUAACACUCACUCACAUAUAUACUGAUAUUGUAUAAGGCAGUACUGUACUACCAAUCUACACAGUAUUUCAAGUAUCAAUGCUAAUAUGCUCUUACAAGUAUUUGUUAGUGAUGAAAACCUGAUAAAAUAAAAACCAUAAUUGUCAGGGAAUCAUUUGCCCUGCAUGUCCUCCUUCACCCUCUGACGCAAAUUCCCAGCCUUGGACAGCCGUUAUCUCCCAUAAGGAGGGGCUGCCCUAGCAUUUUGUUGUUGUUACCAGUUUAUGACCUGGCAACUCUCGGUCAGAGAUAGUAAUUGUUGUGGGACACCUGGAACACAUCCUUCUCGGGGUGUAGAUGACCCGUGCCAUAACCGACAACUAAAGUUGAUUCAGUUUCCUCAGCUGUUUAGUCUAACUAAUGAAGAAUGUUGAUUACCCUCAGCAAACUAGUUAAAACCUCCUACCACAGGAAGGUUUCUUCAGAAUUGAUUUGGCAUCUCUACCUGGGGUCAACUCGUGGCUCAUGACAUGUCGUGUGAAUUCUCCGGCCGAAGCUCCAAAUAAACCGUCAGUAUUUGCCAUCAAA